AUGAUUCAAUCACUGCUACCCGAUGACGUUCCAGGAAUGAAUUUGGCCAAUCAGUGUGAAGAUCAAGAACCUUCAUGUACGAUGAAACGAUCAUUCGAGCAAAAAGAUGUUACAAUAGAGUAUGAGUUAGAAUUAGACUAUUCGAACGAACCUGUAGGAUCGCACACUACAUCUUGCAGCGGUUCCAAUCUUGUUGCUUUGAAACGCAAAACAAAAAUAGAUGCUUCUACGGCAGUACUGCUAUCCAAGUUCGAAAUCGUUUGGUCAAGUAUACCACGUGAUAUUGUGACUCAAUUAGAUCGGACUGUGGAUCAUGAUAAAGAAAGUUUUUUGAAUGAAACUGACUACAAUCGAUUGGUUGACCACAUCGUUGGUCAGUUGCGAAAUAUUACGCCGUCAAUCCCUAUUUCAACUUUUCGCCGGGUAGCUGAAACUGUUUCUUCGAUGUACUCAUUCUUCAUUGAUAUGGACGACGAUGGCAUGAUAAUUGGGAACGGAUCUAGUAGCUUAACAGAAAAACUGAAGAAUAGAAAUUCAUAUUUGAACCGAGCGCAUAAAUCUGGUCAAUAUGACAAAAAGCAGAAAUUUGGCGACGAUCCAAUGAGGCAGUGCAGAGUUGGUAUAAAAGCGGAGUAUUCCCUUUCUGGCGAACCUCUCCUACUUGAUAAUCUCUUAAUGAAGCAAUUGUAUGAAAACCAAGACUGGGAUAAAAAACUGCUCGAAACCACAAAAUGUUACCUACGAUACAAAAUUGAUCACUGCCCAUUGAGUCAAUUGAUGGAAAACUUUCCAAUUGUAAUGAAACACAGUUUUAUUGAAUAUCAUUUUUCUGAAGCUACGGGAGUGCGACCAGAUCAAUUUAUUGAAAAUUUUAUUAAAAAGCGUGAAAAAAUAAUCAAGGUAUCUCAAACAUACCGCGACAAAAACGUGCACAUUGCAGAUACAGCUGAGGAUAUGGAUGUAAUGGUGGGAAUAUCCAGGAUGUUGAAAGAAGAUAUCAGCGAAAUAGUUUGUCAGUUGGAGGAAGAAACUUCAAGCGAUCUGAUAAACAAACUUCAUCCAACGAUUGUUAUAGUAGGUUCGACGAGACAAUCAUUCUACAUUCAUGCACAGAACAGUAGAGCCAAAUUAGUCGGCAAGCAGCAACGAUUAGUACGUGCGCUGAUGCUGAAAAUAGCUAAAUUUAAAAGCACCGUAUAG